GGAAACUGCACCGACGGCGGAGUUCUUGGGAUUUGUCUCCGUGUUUCUUGGUGAAAGUGCACCACCGCGGCCUGCACUCAGUCUCUACGUAAAUCCUUCCACUUGCCCUCAACUUCUGCCUCAGAGAAAUGUGGUUUUCAUGCACGGGAGGAAACGUGUUCUUCCAUGCAGAACCACGCAACAUGGCAUGUUUCCUUGACGCCUUAGUAACAGGAGGGGAAAAGUAGAAGGCCGAAUCGAGCUAUUGGCGUAGCUGAAGUAUGAGUCAGAGCAGACACCCGACCCAGGAACAAUGCACUCAGACAGAUAGAAAGUUUUCUCUGAAAGGAUCAGUGUAGAAAUAUGGCAGAUCCGCUUCUGCAUUUUGAGUACGAGGGUGAAAACGCAGAGGAACAAGAACUUCAUUCCUCAGCCACGGACGAUGGAAGUAAUGCCAGCAACCGCAACUCCUUCGCGGAUGAUUUCGAGAAACUGGAUUCCGAGAUCUCUCAUCCCAUCACAUCAUUGCACUUGCAGGUCGGGGACAUGGGGAAUGCGGAUGUAGCUGAGUACGGUGAUGAGGAUAUCCAUUCCCCUAAUCGUGAUGGAUAUUCAAGACAACGAGAGGAUUCGGAAUUGGGCGAAGGCGAAAGCUCCCCACCGGAUGACCUCAUUGCACCUGAAAGCAUCGGGCCCGAGAGACUCGUCCAAGAACCUCCCGUUUUUAUCCUGCCUGGAGAGGAAGGUGCAGAAGGGGAUGAUAAUGAUUAUAUGACCGGGAGAGACUACGAUGUGGAGGACGACCUCGUUCAGGUUGGUAAAGAUAUGGCUUCUUCUGUGGGAGUCAAUGAACCUCAUAUUGACUAUGGGAGAGCUCAAGAACCUGCAUUAUAUGACCGUCAUGAAUACAUGGGAGAAAUAGAGGGCUCCCAUUCAUAUCACGAAGAGGGUGUUGAGACUGGGAUGGAAGAUUCCUUUACGAGGACUUUCUCCCCAGAAUCAAAAGGAACCUCUUUCCCCCAAAAAGAGGAACAUCUUGACCUUGAACAGCAUGACCUUUUCGAUCCCAGUGAAAUGCUUGGAAAUGUUGAGAAGAAUCAUCCAUUUGAAGCUGAGGAAGAGGAUGCAGGAUUCAUUCCUCCAACUCCGACAGUACACGAAGUGGUCAAGCACGAAGAAGCUCCUCUGCAGUUCUCCCAGGGAAGAGAGGACGAGGUACAGGAGCCACUGUUGGAUUUCAGUCACCAACUUGAGCCCGCAGGAGAGCAAGGAAUGGAACCGAUUAGCAUGCAAGGGUUAGUGGAUUCCCGGACGAUUCAAGGGCUAUUGGUGGCUGCUGAGGAAGAGACUUUCCUUCAACCCAAGAUGUCUCAGCAUAUUGAAGAAUCUCAGACGCACCUAGAGGACUUAGCUGGAGUUGGUGAGAUGAAGCCGUCGAGACAAGAGGAGGAAGGAGGAGUUAGGACGAUAGUGCCGGACUUGUCGCCUCCGUCAACGCCAGGGCCUACCCCGCCCCCUCGCGAUUACACACCUGAACCCCGAAGUCGAAAAGCGAUGUCAUCCAAGCCCACCGUGUCCAGCCCUACUAGCUCCAAGGCUUCUCUCUCCUAUAAUCCUUUGUUGAACCUCAUCUAUUGGAGGGACGUGAAGAAGAGUGGGGUGGUGUUUGGUGGAGGAUUGGUGGUCUUGAUAUCUCUAGUCUACUUCUCAUUGAUCUCUGUCUUGAGCUAUUCUUCGUUGGUGUGUCUGCUUGGAGCUGGUUGUUUCCGCAUUUAUAAGUGGGUUCUCGCCGCCUUGCACAAAACUCAAGCGGAUUCGCCCUCUCAUCCCUUCCAGGAAUGGCUAGAAGAAGACAUCGAGGUAUCGGAGGAAAAGGCGAAAGAGUUUUCCAUCUUGGCAGCCCAGAGACUUAACAAAUGGGCAGAUCGACUCCGGAGACUAUUCCUCAUCGACAACAUCUUUGAAUCCAUCAAAUUUGCUCUCCUCCUCUGGGGACUUACCUACAUCGGGGCUUGGUUUAAUGGCCUCACUCUCAUCAUCCUUGGAUAUGCCGGGAUUUUCACCAUUCCCAAGGUCUACGAGGUGUAUCAAGUGCAAAUAGACCAGUACCUGAAUCUGGUGCGAGACCAUGUCUCGGCGGCUUACUCCAAGGUAAAGGGAAUGCUUCCAGGGGGAGCUGGAAAGGAAGCUGAGAAGCCUAAGGCCCAGUGAGGAAGAUCGUGCAUUCUUUUUCGUUUCUCCCAUCUUCUAGAGUGUCCUAUCUUUGCAUUCAGUCUUGGAACCGCGACUGCUUCGAAUAAUCGGCACUUCUAGAGAGUAUGGGAAAAUGUGUGAUGUGAAUCGCCCCCCGUGACUCUGCUAUCUACACAGCCUCAAAAUGAAAGCAGUGACUGUCUUCAGUUAUCGCGUGUGCUCACCAGUUGUGAUUGCGUUGUAUGUUUGUCUGCGUCAGCAGUUUUUAGCCACAACUUCCCGUUCUCAGCAUUUCUCCGUUAUUAGUAUGCGUCAGUGAAGUACAUUUCACGAGUCUGGAGAUGAAGGGAAGGAAUAUUUCUUUCUCUCUCGACUGGCUCUUGUUCAUUUGUGCUAUUUAUGGGAUGGAUGAUAUUGGUCAGCUUGUGAUUUGUAAUUAAAGCUUUUUCCCCUCCAA